CUGAUGGCCUUUGCCGGGCGCCCGCGCGCCGCACUGCUGCUCUGGCGGCUCUCAGGGCAGCUGCGCGCCUGGCGCGGGCUCUGCGCUCUGGCCAUGGCUCGGCCGCGCUGCUUCGCUCUGGAGCUGAGGGACUGCACUUUAGCUCACUUCGCUCUGGGCGAGGAGGGCUCCGAUGCACGCCCUGACCCCAGCCUGGCUGAGCUGCUGGGGCCUCCGGGGCGCAGCUACUCGCUGUGUGUGCCGGCGGCCGCGGACGGCGACUGCGGGGCCCGAGUCCAAGCGGCUCGGGUGCACCAGAACCUGCAGCGCCAGCUGCGCAGUGACCCCUUCCAGCGGUGCCAGCUGCACAGGCUGCUCUGCUACUGCCCAGGCAGCCAGGCCCAAGGCAUGCAGCACGGCUUCCUGCUGCGCGACCCCUGUGACUGCCUGGACACCCGGCGCGCUCUGCUAGAACUGCUGGGCAAAUUCCAGGAGGCUGAGCGUCCGCACCUGGGGGAGUUUGAGGCCGACUCGCAAGGUGUACUGUGGCAGCGAGUCUGGGUACUGCAGGAGAGUGGGCAGCUGCAGGUGGGCUGCGCACGUGUCCUACCCACCUUGGAGCCCCCGCUGCAUCCAGUGGUGCCCCACCUCCUCAGCUCGGUGGUCUUCCGGGACCUGGACACUGCCAGGGCUAUUUUAGAGACGUGUACGUCCUCUAUUCCGGAAGCCCAGGCAGUUCUUGACGUGGUUGACAAGUGCCCAAGGCGGGUCCAAAGAGGAAAGUUCCCAGUCAUUGCCAUCGAAGGACUGGAUGCCACUGGUAAGACCACGGUGACCCAGGCAGUCUCCAAGUCUCUCAAGGCUGUCCUCUUAUACUCACCACCCUCUUGCAUUGGCCAAUGGAGGAAAACCUUUGAUGAUGAACCAACUAUUAUUAAAAGAGCAUUUUACUCUUUGGGCAAUUACAUUGUGGCUUCUGAAAUAGCUAAGGCAUCUGCCAAGUCUCCUGUGAUUGUAGACAGGUUCUGGCACAGCACAGCCACCUAUGGCAUAGCCACUGAGUUGAGUGGGGGUCUGCAGCACCUGCCUCCUGCCCACCACCCCGUAUACCAGUGGCCAGGGGACCUGCUCAAGCCUGACCUCGUCCUGCUGCUCACCAUGAGUCCUGAGGAGAGGGCACAGAGGCUGCGGGACCGGGGCCUGGAGCAGACCAGAGAAGAGGCUGAACUUGAGGCCAACAGCGUAUUUCGUCAGAAGGUGGAGCUGUCCUACCGACGGAUGGAGAAUCCCGGCUGCCUCGAGGUUGACGCCAGCCCCUCAAGAGAGAAGGUCCUGCAGACCGUUUUGGGCCUGAUCCGAAACACUUUUCAGGACUUGUAGGUCUCUGACCAGGUGCCCCAUCUCAGCAGAGUGGGUGUCGGCUUGGUAGAUCCACGGCUGAGCUUGACAGGCAGCUCCCACUUCACGUUGUCCAGGUGUAUUGUGUGUCAGAAAACGGGAGACUGGGCAUUUUAUUUGACUCCAGCCAUUUAUUUGCCUGAAGGCCCUGGCAAGCUUGUGCCUGGUGGGGCUCCACAGGGACUGGCGAUUUCCUUCUGCCCCGUAUGUGGACAAUCUCCUCAGAACAUGUUUUCAACUCUGUCACUGUCAGACUUCUCCAAGAUGGGUCUCAUCCAGAACGUAUCAGCUGUACAGAAGCCACCAGGAAGCUCUCCACAGCAGCAGAGAGCCCAGCAGCCCUUUCUGAGGAACACCUACAUCCCUACCACAUCACCUGUCGGGACUUUCCGAUCUGGAGGCACUACAUCUCCGUCAGCCAUGCAUUUCCACACCACACACCUGUUCACGGCCAUUCCUACAGAGCUGUUUGUGCUGGGGGACAUUCGCAGAGCAGGCAGCAACCUUGUGCCUGAGGCUCCGAGCCCCUUGGAUAGAACCCUGGGUUCCUCGCACCCAGAGUUGAACAGGAAGAUGAUCAGCCAAGCUGCUCUCGCUGAGACACUCCAGCCUUCUGUACGUUCCUUGUUUCCAUCCCCUUCCCUUCCUUUGAAAUAUGGCUCUGAAUGUAAUGAGCAGUCUGCAAGGAGCUGGUUGCCUUUCACUUAGCCAAUCCAGCAAUUUAUUUAUAUUGAUGUUUACAUUAUGUGUUUCCUCAGUGUAGGAGCUAUGAGUCACUAAUUAAAAUUGAAGUCAAGAAGCUAAAUGCAAUGUUUGUUGUGUAUUUUCAUUACACAAAUUUAAUUUAUCUUUCUCAGUGAGCACAGUGCAUCCUGGAAUGGGUUUUCUUAGUAAAUUAUCUUGCACUUGAAUGUCUUGUGAUUGCACAUGGAAUCAGCUUUGAGAUCUGCUUGGCUACAAGACAGUAGCUAAGGAAAGGGGGACUUAAUAGCUCUGUGGCCUUGGCUGAGUCACGGAACAUUAACAGUCUGUAUUACUUGAUCUGAAGAGGGACAGACAUUCUUGGUCAUAAAGAGAUGCUUGAACCAGGUGAGGACAAAUUCCUUCCAGUUCUAAGGUAGAUGAAUUUGCAAAUUAUUUCAUCCUGUCUACAAUUUCUUAAGAAAACUUUACCCCCAAAUAAUUAAAUGUAAGGCCUUACCAGUUUUAUCAUAUGGCAUCUUUAAUUAUAAUCCAGUUUAGUAGCAACACCAUGCUAUUUUUCAAAUGAACUAUAGAUAAUCUAUACACAAUGUAUUUAUUCAAAUAGAUUAUACAGUUGGUUUCAGUUGAAAAUAUUCUUAAAGCUGAUGAAUAGAAUUAGUGCUCUUUGCAGUGUGAUAUCCAACUAUAUUUUGAUCUUAUUUACUUUAAACAUUUCAGAAGUUUUUGCUGGCAACCUAGAAAAACAAUUACCUAAUGAUUUGUUUAUAU